CAUCCCUCCUUCAUCUGCUAGCACUGCAGCCUGCCUAGCUCUUCCUCCACCACCAACGUCUUGUGCAAACCAACACAAAACAAGAUCCAUACAAGAUGUCUUUCCAAACGAAAAAGAUUGUCCGUUCCUCUGUCUCCAGCUCUGGCCCUAGGAACUUUAGCAGCUCGAGCUAUGCAGGGCCCAGCAAUGUCCGCUCCAGCUUCAGUGUGAGAAGCGCCUAUGGUGGGGCUAGAGGAGGCAUGGGCUUUGGAUCUGGAGGAGGGAGUUACAUCUCUUCCUCAUCAGCCUACAGUGGUGGCAUGGGCCUGGGCAUGAGCAUGGGGGGUGGUGCAGGGUACGGUGGCGGCAUGGGCGCCCCCAUCACUGCAGUAACCGUCAACAAGAGCCUGCUGGCCCCCCUCAACCUGGAGAUCGACCCCAACAUCCAGGUGAUCCGCUCCCAGGAGAAGGAGCAGAUCAAAGGCCUCAACAACCGCUUUGCCUCCUUCAUCGACAAGGUCCGUUUUCUGGAGCAGCAGAACAAGAUGCUAGAGACCAAGUGGAACCUAAUGCAGGGGCAGACCACCACCAAGUCCAACAUCAACGCCAUGUACGAGGCGUACAUCGCCAACCUGCGCCGGCAGCUGGACUCCCUGGGCAAUGACAAGAUGAAGCUGGAGAGCGAUCUGAAUAAUAUGCAGAACAUGGUGGAGGACUUCAAAAACAAGUACGAGGAUGAAAUCAACAAGCGUACAGAGUGUGAGAACGAGUUUGUUCUGAUCAAGAAGGACGUGGAUGAAGCUUACCUGAACAAGGUGGGGCUGGAGGCUAAACUCGAGAGCCUGACAGAUGAAAUCAACUUCCUCAGGCAGCUCUAUGAAGAGGAGAUCCGCGAGCUGCAGGCCCAGAUCAAGGACACCUCGGUCGUGGUCGAGAUGGACAACAGCCGUAACCUGGACAUGGACUCAAUCGUGGCCGAAGUGCGCGCUCAGUAUGAGGACAUCGCUGCCAGGAGCCGCGCAGAGGCCGAGAGCUGGUACAAGAGCAAGUAUGAAGAGAUCUCAGCCUCUGCAGGCAAAUACGGAGACGAUCUGCGUAACACGAAGACAGAAAUCUCAGAUCUGACCAGAAUGAUCCAGAGGCUUCAGGCUGAGAUUGAAGCCGUGAAGGGACAGCGCGGGAACCUGGAGUCACAGAUCGCUGAGGCAGAGGAGCGCGGGGAGAUGGCAGUGAAAGACGCCAAGCUCCGUAUUGGAGAUCUGGAGGCCGCUCUUCAGAGAGCCAAACAAGACAUGGCCCGCCAGGUCCGGGAGUACCAGGACCUGAUGAACGUCAAGCUGGCCCUGGAUAUCGAGAUCGCCACCUACAGGAAACUGCUGGAAGGAGAGGAGAGCAGGUUGGCAUCUGGAAUCCAGUCUGUUCAAAUCUCCCAGCAGAACUAUGCACGUAAGUUACAUUCCACUUCCCAUUCAUAGAGCACCUCAUGUCCAACUGCCCCCGUU